CGCGGCUGGCCGGGCUUCUGCUCCGGCGACCCCGGCGGUGAGGGCGGGUGGAGUCGCGGAGUCGUCCUCAUGGCCGCCGCGCCGGAGCCCGGUGAGCCCAAGGAGAGGAAGGCCUUUAAGCUCCUAGGAUUUUUAGAUGUUGAAAAUAUUCCCUGCGCCCGGGAUUCAAUAUUGUAUGGUUCAUUAGGAUCUAUUGUGGCUGGCUUUGGACAUUUUUUGUUCACUAGUAGAAUUAAAAGAUCAUGUGAUGUUGGAGUAGGAGGGUUUAUCUUGGUGACUUUGGGAUGCUGGUUUCAUUGUAGGUAUAAUUAUGCAAAGCAAAGAAUCCGGGAAAGAAUUGCCAGAGAAGAAAUUAAAAAGAAGAUAUUAUAUGAAGGUACCCACCUCGAUCCUGAAAGAAAACACAACAGCAACAGCAGCAAUUGAACAAUCUUGAGCACAGAAAAGUCAAUGUGAACGAAGUUAAUUAAGAUCAACCACACAAAACAUUUCAUGUGCAAUAAGCUCUCAAUCAAAUAAAUAAAGUUUAAGUUGUAGUCAUUUUUUUCCCCCACUUGUAUGGAAUGAAAACUUGCCAUUUUAUUCUGGCCCCAUGUCUACUGCCAGGAUAGCAUUCUUACAUGUUACAUAUAGUGGACUUGUCAUACUUAAAAUGUGAAAGAAUUAUAAAACCUAGUGUUUAAUGUACUUGGAAAGAGUUUCCUUGUAGUAGUAAGUAUAGAGUUUAAUGAUAAGUAAACUUCCCUUAACAAAAACCUCAACCUUAUUAGUAUCCCAUUAAAAAGCAGCAACUACUUACUGACUUCUUAAAAGAUUUAAAACGAAGGGAUUUUAUCACUUUGCAAAUUAUUUUUUAAAUGCAUUCAUCAUUUGACAGUAUUCUCUCAUUUCUUAAAAUGUGAGUCAUCUUCCAAAAGAGUUGUUUUUAACUGCCCUAAACAUUUUUGGGAAAGUAUGCAGGGUUUAAAUUUUUAAGUAUAAUUAGUUUUGAAUUUAAAUAGGCACAUGGAACUUGUUUGGCAGACUGAUGCAAUAGAAAAAUAAUUGCAGUAUUACUAUUAAUGUAAACAAUCCAUUUGAAAGUCAAUCAGCUGCUCCCAUUAAAAUAUUAUUUAAAAUACAAGAAUACCCACAGCAUCUAACUAAAUCCUCAGGAUUUACUCUCUGGAGAAAUUCUCCCUUUCUAGGAAAAUGAAGUUAUUCCUGGUUUUAAUCUGUACAAUUACUUUAAGAAAAUCUAUUAAAUAUAACAAAACACAAGCUAGAUGCUUAAGAAAUGCUUAAAGAAAUACUGGGGGGAAGACACCAGCAGUCAACAAGAUUGUGGCCAUUUCUGGUCCUAUUAUUUUGAUGUACCAUGGAAGGCACAGAAAUAGCAAAGAAAAUAUUAUUUUGAUCUACAUCUUUUUCUCAAGAAAAAUGGAGCUUGCUCCAGUUCAAUUCACAAGAACAUUUUCCCUCCCAUGCCCACCUUUUCUUGUGGCUGUCGCUAGGAAGGUUAUGAUGCAGAGGCUGUGUGGUUUACCAAAUGCCUUAACUUAGCAGUGAAUGACACUGUCAAACACAUGUUGAGGGAAAAUUUUUACUGAUUCACAAAAAGGAAGACAGUUUGCCCACUCUUAGUGGCACAAAUCAAAGCUGCAUGCAGUCUACAUUAUCCAAAUUAGUUAUAACCAAAUAAUUGUUAAAAAAUUCUGCCGGGCGCGGUGGCUCACACCUGUAAUCC